AUGGUGAGCACGCAGCCUCUGCCGCCGCCCUCGCGCUCGACCAUCACCGCCACCGCGAGCAACGGUUCACACGAGCUCACGGUGGAGGGCUACUCCGUGACCAAGCUGCUCGUCCCCGGCGAACACAUCGACACGCACAAAUUCACGGCGGCGGGUCACGCCUGGAAGAUCUGCUUCUACCCGAACAGGGGCAAGGAGACGGACGCCACCAUCUCCUUCUCCCUGAAGCUGGCAGACGGCUGGUGGAAGUUCGCCGGCACGAACGUCCGUGCCGAGGUCGGGUUCAGCUUGGUGCCUCGCCAGGCCGCCGAGCCCGCACCGGGGGCGCCACCGGCAACAGUACGGUUUGCUGCCAGACGCCGCGUGGUGAAUUUCUCUCUCAACAAGAACGUUGAGCACUGGGGCCUGACGAUCUCGAAGAAGGAGCUCGAGAAGUGGCCGGAGUACCUCCGGGACGACUCCCUCGUGCUGCGCUGCGAGAUCGCCGUCGUGGACAAGCCGGUCGUGAAGAUGUACCACGGUCUCCCGGUGUGCCGCUGCAAGGAGGACAACUGCAAGCUUCGUCACCUGAAUGGCGCCUCAUGGCUCAAGGACGUAGUAGAAACCUACUUCCUUGACUGUCUCGGUAUUUGA